CAGAAUCCAAUAUCCUCAGUCUUGAGUCCUACUCAUUCUUCGUAUCAACAUUCUUUCAUCAAUUCCAAGAAACAACCCUCAUCUCAACAAAAUGCAUCUCAUACUCACUGGAGCGACUGGUCUCAUAGGCUCGGGCGUCCUUGACGCCAUGAUCAAGAUGAAAGACAUCAGCAAGAUUUCCAUCCUUAGCCGACGACCAGUUCAGAUGGCCGAGGACGUCAAAGAUCCCCGUGUCAAUGUCAUAAUUCACAAGGACUUUGAGAGCUACGAUUCUGAACUACUCUCUAAGCUUCAGGGGGCCACGGGAUGUGUAUGGGCCUUAGGUAUCAGUCAGACUCAAGUUGGUACAGAGGAGUAUGUAAAGAUCACCAAAGACUAUGCAUUGGCGGCAUCGAAGGCUUUCCAGACGCUGGCAUCCGAGCAGGAGCCUUUCAACUUUGUAUACGUCUCCGGCGCAGGCGCCACAACACAACCCGGAAGGUUCUCGGCCAUAUUUGCCAGGGUAAAGGGGGAAACCGAGCUGGCGCUAGCUGAGAUGCGUAAAGCAAAUCCGUUCUACCAUGCAAGCUCAGUUCGUCCGGCGUUUGUCGACGCUGCAAAGCAUGAUGCUAUCAAGCCUUAUAUCCCAGCUCAACCGUUUGCGAUCAGGGCUACUGGCGUUACCUUGGGACCCGCUAUCCGAUGCGGAAUGCCGUCAUAUUGGAGCCCUACGGCGGAUCUGGGACGGUUUUUGACAGAGAUAGCAAUGGGACGGUAUAAGGGUCAAUUCAAAGCUAAUGAUAUCCAAAUGGAGGGCGAGUUCCCCAUACUAGAGAACUCUGCAUUCAGACGAUUGGCGGGUCUUGACCGCAAAUGAAGAAAGACAAGGAAGAUGUACGGAUUUCUUAUGUUUGGUUCCCGGCAAAGGGGCGUCCAAUGGUUUGUGCAUAGAACUUCCACUGUAUAUUAGGUAGCAGGUAGAUCAGCUUUCUUUGCCCCUUU